AUGCUCAAGCAAGGUGUACGGUUGCCGUUAUCGUCGUUUCUCCAGAAGUGGAUGGCUCGGCUCAGUGUGGCCCCGCAUCAAAUGAACCCCAAUGUAUAUAGGACAACGAUAAGUGUCCAAGCGCUGUGGCGGCGGGUGUAUGGGUCAGAGCCGACCAUAAACCAGAUCCUACACUGUUUCUUACUAAAGAGGAGUUCGCAUCAAAUCGGCUUUUGCUACCUCCAGAGUGCAGUGGGGAAGAUUAUUGAAAGCAACCCAUCAUCCCAAAAGACGUGGAAACCACACUGGUUCUACGCAUCAGAGGCAGAGUAG